AUGAGUGAUAGGAUAAAGCUUGAUACCGAGUCAAACCCAUCCAAGAUAAUAGGUUACCUAUGGGACAAGCGAUCAGACACACUCGAAGUCAAGGGAGAAGAGAUUGCUAGAAGCGAAGAUCAAGUGACGAAAAGAGGUAUCCUUAGUAGCCUAUCCAGUUUGUACGAUCCACUUGGCUUGAUAUCACAGACGUUAGUUCGAGGCAAAGAAAUCUACCCUGAUGCAUGGGACGAAAACAAGAGCUGGAACGCCACAGUGUCAGAUGACAUUGCAGUGAGAUGGAGUAAGUGGACCAGUAACCUAUGCAACGUGAAAGUGCCCAGGAGUAUACCACAGGGAGUGAAUAACAUCACUGGUGUCCACUUACAUUUAUUUGGAGAUGCGAGUAAGACAGUGUGUUCUACAGUAGCCAUAGCGGUUAUUGAACAUUCAACAGGAGUGUUUAAAGGAAUGUUAACAUCGAUGUCAACGAUAUUAAAGCAAAACACGACCAUACCGAGACUAGAGCUGAUCAGCGGACAUAUGGCAGCAAACAUGGCAAAGAACAUCAACACCGCCUUACAAUGCUGGCCCAUAAAGUCAAUCACCAUCUGGAUGGAUAGCAUGAUGGGUCUUUACUGGAUUUGCAACCCUGGAAAACCAUGGAAAGUCUUUGUUUCCAAUCGCGUCAGGGCGACAAAAAUCACCAACGACCUCAACAUCAACUGGAAGUACUGUCCAUCGAACAUGAAUCUAGCUGAUCUAGGAAGUCGAGGUGCAUCACUUAACAAGAUGGAGACUGGACAGUGGUUCGAAGUACCUGACUGGUUGCUCGAUAAAGACGAAUGGCCAAGUCAGCCGAAGCUUAAGAGUUCAACUAGCGUCUGUGAGGAGAGCAGCCCAACCAAACAAGCUGUCCUUCUUGCUGUCAAGCGUGAACCAGAUGAGUUGGAAAAUACACUUGAGAAAUACACUUACUGGAAGACCGUGAGGAUUACAGCAUGGGCCCUAAGAUUCCUCAACAACUGCCAUGCGAAAACAAUGCAAGGGAAGGACAUUAUGCCACUCACAACAGAAGAGAUCAACAGAGAGGAAGUACACUGGGUGAGGAAAGUGCAAGCGGAUGUCAGUAGAGACUCCAGGCUGGACCAUGGUGGAAGAUGA